UUAGCGUCGAUAACCCUAUAAAUGACGCCGACCUCCUGAAUUCUUUCCCUUUGCUACGGGACUUUGGAAGGAGACGGCUGAAAGAGCAUAACGCUUCGGACGGUUUGAACCUGUGAAGAAGUCUACUUUGCAAAACUUGUUGAAGAAGCACUUGGUGUAUUACGCACUUGCUGAAGAAGCCAAAAACCCACGAAAGAUGGAUCCUGGCCAGAAGAAGGACCAGCAGGGUGGUCAGCUGGAAGAUCAUUGUGUAGCUCUUCCAGCAGACGGAUCCCCAGCGUUGGAGGAACAUCUAGCCGAUGGUAAGGAUAUUGGUAAGGUGGGGUCAAAUGUUUUCCAAGAAACCAUAUCAGACAACAUGGUUUCUGGAGAUCAUGGAGAGGAGUUGAGGUGUAGUUCACCUCCGCAGUCCGUUGACUGUAGUUCCAGCUCCAGUGUUAGCUCCAGUCAAGAUGGCUGGGCUAGCAGUUUCAGUGGUAGCUGUAUUAGCAGCUCCAGUGUUAGCUCCAGUCAAGAUGACUGGGCUAGCAGUUUCAGUGGUAGCUCUAUUACCAGCUACAGUGAAGAUGAGGUAGGUAGUGAUUGGACUACCAGUUACGGUAGUAUCAGUACUACCAGCUGCAGUCCAACAGUGGACCGUCCUUACGCUGAGCUUGAGAUGGCUCAGAAGCUUCAAGACGGCAUUUUUCACUUGACCUCACCUGAAGAGCCCAUUUUGAGUGCAGAUGAUUCCAGACCUUUUGGUGUCUUGCAACGUCAUCAGGUAGGUUUGGUAGGGGAUGCGACUCAUGGGACAUUGGUGACCGGCAAAAACGGAAAGAGGACCAAGGACACUGACUCUGAAGAGGAGCCCCCUGCCAAGAGGACUAGGGACAGUGACUCUGAAGAUGAGCCCCCUGCCAAGAGGACUAGGGACAGUGAAGCUGAAGAGGAGCCCCCUGCCAAGAGAACCAGGGACAGUAAUGAUGUUGUAGAGGAGCCUCCAGCCAAGAGGACAAGGGACAGUGUUUCUGAAGAGGAACCCUCUGCCAACAGCACCGGGGAGCAUCAACCUAGAGAUGAGCUCCCGUCCAAGAGGACCAGGGACAGUGGUGCUGAAGAGGAGAUCCCUGCCAAGAGGUCCCGGAAGAGCGAUGAUGAAGAGGAACCUGUUCUCAGUCCCUCCACAAAUGUGUUGUGUGAGGAUUCUUUUCAGUCAUCCCCUGUCCGCAGUCCCUCGCCCAUGUCAUUGUGGGGGGAUCACCUUUUUUCACCCUUUGAUCUUUCACCUAUGAGUGGAUGUGAGGAUCCCAUUCUGUCCUCCCCUGUCUUCAGUCCUUCACCAAGAUUACCUUGUGAAGGUCCCAUUGUGUCUGUUUAUGCCAUCAGUCCCCCAAUCAGUGAAGAUCCUAUUUUGUCAUCCCCCGUCCUCAGUCGUCCACCAAGCACACCGUGUGAGGAUCCUAUUGUGUCUUCCCCUGUCGUGAGUACUUCCUCCUCAACAUACUGCAAAAUUCCAAGUGCAAGAUUCCCUUGCUUUUGUGUCUGGAUGAAGUCUCAAAUGGACAGAGAAGAGGAACCAAUACCCUCAACUUCUGGAAUUGGAUCUGGCGGAAUUAGAGGAAGAGAGAGUUCCAGACAAGAGUGGUUUAGACCUCACUACGACUUGUCAAGUGAUGACUCUGAUUAGAUUGGGAUCAUAAAAAACUGAAGACCUACCAGAGAAGACCCAUUAGGAUACUGUAAUUUCUCUGUUGUUUAUGUUAAAGCAAAUGGCUUUCUAGCAGGACUGAGGAUGCCUUAGGUAGCGUCUUGCACCGGGGCUUUUCUUUAUCCCGCUGCUAGAUGUUUUAUUUUAGAUGUUAAGGAUUCUAGCAGGACAGGCAAUGCUGACUUUUUUGCUGUUAAUGAAUGAAUGACUAAAUGCUGGAGGAUGCUAAUUUAACUUUCUGAGGAACAAGACAAUACUGCUGAACAAAAAACUUUAAAAGUAGUCGGACAUGGAUGGUGCGUAAAAGAUAAAGGCUAAAAGGAAUAAGACAACGCUACAGGAUUAAUAUUAAAUCUAAAACAAUCUUGCUGGGUAAAAAUCAAACCUCAAAACUAUAAAGACAACGCGGCUCAGGACACUGGAAUCAAUACGACUGAGAAACAAAUUAAACUCUAAAAUUUAAACAAUAUUUCUGACCGUUCUAAUUUUUAAGACAUAAAAACAUACAAAUGGAGACACAUUAUAAUCAGUUGAGCUCUACGGAUUGAAACAGCGGUUUUAAAGUUACAAUCAUUCUGGUCUGGACUUUAUAAAAACCACAGGGAGUGAAACGUUUUGAAGUAUGAAAUAACAGCGACAGCAACAGUAAAAACAGGAGUUAAUUCAAACGUUCAAAGAUGAAAGAGGAAGAGAGAAAUAGGCAGGACCUUUGGACCCGGAUAUGAACUGUUGAUCCACGGAUCAAUCAUUUGGUGGCUGGAUUCCAAAACCCUCAACACCACAUGUUAAAAUGAGCAAGACAUUUAAACUCAGGUGAUAAUAAUGGUUUUAAAAGUAGGUAAUGCUGCCGGGUGUCAAACCUAAAAUCUCUUAAGACUGAGAAGAGACAACGCUUUUCUGGACAAAUUCAUUUCUCUAAGGAUGGAGACAACGCUUCUCAAGUAGGGAGAAAUAUUCAUCUUUUAGGACUAAUAUGAUGUCACGGUGGACAAAUUAAAAUGUAGAAGAAUUUAAACAUCCCGCGGAGUACAAAUUAAAAUCUUUAAGGAUAAAAGAAAAAGACAGGAAUAAAUGCCAAGUUUCAGGGUGUAAUAGCGGUGCUUCCCCACACGGUGCUUCUAAUAUAGUCAAUUGUUCUCACCUGGUCCUUCAUUAAUCCAGUCUCCCAGUUUGAAUCUUUCAGGUUUUAGCUGCUCAUCGUUGGAUUCUUUCCUGGUUCUCCAUGUGGUUCCUGUCCUCCUGGUUCCUGUUUGUUGGAUCUCCUGAGCCUGGAAUCCUCCACCUUCAACACCGUCAGUCAGGUGGAGGAAGAUAAGAGAACCCAGUUGAC